GUUUUUAGUUAUUAAUAAAUAUUCUCUGUUGACCAAAAAACAAAGAAAUAAAACAGUUUUACCAUUUAUGUUUGUAUCUUCUUAUGUCAGGAAAUCUAUUAGGAGAUGCCAUGUGUUUAAAUUGGAUAAAUGAUGAGAGCAAGUCCAGUCAUAGAAUUUUAAGAAAGAUAUUAAACAAUAAUAUUAUAUUUUAAUAUAAUUUAGUUAUUUAUAUAAAUUUAAUAUAAAAAGAAAUUAAUUAAAAAUAUCUUAUAAAUCAUUAAUUGAGAAUUUGAGAUAUUUUUCUUUUUCUUUUUCAUCAUUUUUCAUUUGUUUUUAUUUUCUUAGAUGAAAAACUCUAGAGGAGAACGUCUCUUGGAGCUGCUCUUAUAGAUGUGGAGCGCUAGCGUUAACAGUAACGACUCUAAGCUUCACACACUUCAUUCCUAUCGUUUUCUCCGUUGAUGAGUGUGAGAUCCCAUAAAGUUGAGCCUGUAAAAGGGCAAACAUUACUUACGAUUAGCAAGACCAAACAAGAUGUUAAACCUUCUUUGGUUUCUCCACCAUCAUCGAUCAUGGAGUCUAGAUCUCUAUCCAUUAGCCCAAAAACAUCAAGACGUGUUGCUUCGUUGGCCGAAGAUAUACAAAGUGCUCACAGAGAACGAACAAAGAUCUCAAGUUCGAACUGCGACAAAUGGACAGGAAAUUUCAUUUUCAUGCUCGAGCUUCGAAGGAAGAUUCUAACAUUCAGAGGCAUCAUUAACCUUCCUCAUCUCACCGGUUAUCUUUCCAUAACCAAUAUGGUGAUGCGUACCAUGGAAGAUCUUCACAAGCUUUGUCCUGAGAUUGUUGGGAGCUCGUGCCUCUUGGAUAUAAGACAUGCAAAUACAGAUAAGUUGCUUGACCACUUUUACAACACUUUGAAGUCGAUUGGAGAUUCAUGGAUCGAUGAUCACGAAUGGAUCAUGAAAUCCAAGUACAGGAACAGUACUAUUCCUAGGAAGAAUCUGUCUGAUGAACUUGGUGAGGAGUGUAGUCAAGAAGUAGCUUCAUUGCUAAGGCGUCGGUUAACAUAUUGCCGGAUCGAAAAAUUGGGAAAACUUUUAGCUGCAUUAGAUGGACUGAUUACUGGGAGCAACGAGAUGCUCAACAUGACUGAGAUCAACAUUGAGGAACAGAAUAAAAAGGUUAUUACUCCUCCUCGGAGUAAAACACCUAGCAAGCGAGCCUCAUUGCCAUCAGAAUCAUUCACUAAGCAACCGAUCACGCCAAGAACGGUGCUGCAUCCACCAAGUAAAGUUGGAGAGAUUAAAAUCUCUGUUUCAAAUCUUCCAAGACAUGUGAGAAUGCAAGCGCUUGUAAUACUGAUUCCCAUCAAUGUGAAGCUAUUCACUAUUCAAAAAGGUAUGUGCCAGAAAGAAAAUCAGAGCAAUCAUGGUGAUAAUGAGAGUGUUAAGGAGAAGCAGAAGAGAGAAACAACAGAGAGGGUUCAGAAAAUGGAGGAGAAAGCAAUUACUGAGGAUAAAGAUAGUAUUAAGAGUCAAACUGAUGAUAAAAGCUACUCAAAAGGUUCAGAGAAAUCUAAAACUGUUCUGGAAUCUUUGGCUUUAACUCCUCAACCUCCAGGGGCUGCAUCACUACUGCCACCACAGCCACUUCCAAUGGCUACUGCAAAAAAGUCAGCAGCACCUCCUCCUCACCCUCCAGGGGUUUCAGCACUACUGCCACCACAUCCACUUCCAACGGCUCCCGGAAAAAGAACAGGGGCUCCUCCACCACCACCGCCACUUCGCUUGGGAGCCAAGAAAGCAACUGGUAAACUGAAGAGAUCAACCAAAUUAGGGGAACUUUACAGAUUUCUCAAGGCGAAAAUCGAAGGGAAGGAUCCAAAACCAAGACUACGUGGAGUGGGAGUAGGAAGCAAAGGCGUUGGUGGAAAGCAAGGAAUGGCCGAUGCUCUUGCUGAGAUAACAAAGAAGUCACCUUACUUUCAGCAAAUAGAAGCAGAUGUGCAAAUGUAUAUGAAAGCAAUCAAUGAGCUUAAAGCAGAGAUCUCCAGUUUCAAGAGUAUUGACAUGACUGAGCUUCAGAGGUUCCACAGGUAUAUAGAAUCAGUGCUUGAGAAACUAACAGAUGAAAGACAGGUUCUAGCGAGAUGUGAAGGGUUCCCGGAGGAUAAACUUGAUGCUAUAAGAAUGGCUUCUGCGUUGCACUCAAAGCUGCAGGGUAUGAUCAAAGAGCUCAAGAACUGGAAGAUUGAGUCUCCAGCGAACCAACUCUUUGACAAGACUGAACGUUACUUUGCAAAGGCAAGUCAUAGGUGUCGUCCCCUUCUUUUUUUGUUGUUGUUUCUUCUUCCACACGUAGUGAAUUGAUCUGAAGAGUAAUGAUAAAAACAGAUCAGAAGAGAGAUUGAAACUCUAGACCAGAUCAAAGCAGAAGAGGAAAAGAAGUUCAAGAGACAUAACAUCCCUUUCGACUUCAGUAUCCUUACUCGGAUCAAGGAAUCAAUGGUUGACAUCUCAUCAGGUUGCAUUGAACUUGCUUUAAAGGAGAAAAGAGAAGCAAAGAUUGCAUCACAUACUGCAGAAUCGCGCAAGGCAAAGCGGAGCAUGAUCAAGAAUAAGACUGUAGGAUUUGCUAAAACGUUGUGGAAAGCAUUUCAUUUUGCAUACAGAGUUUACAUAUUUGCUGGUGGACAUGAUGACCGAGCUGAUAAGCUUACCAGAGAGUUGGGUAGUGAGAUUGAAUUAGUCCUCAAAACCAAUGACUCAUGACUUCAAAAGAUAUAAAUUCAAAUUUCAUAACUCGAAAGUGCUGUGAAAUAUCAACACUUAAUGACAUUUAUUUACAUCACAUAAAUCAUUUCAGGAUGUAAUAUAACAAUUUGUAAGAAAAAUGUCUGUAAAGAAAACUUGUAUA